AUGAAACUACCCACUUGGUUAUAUGCAGAUCAUUCAGUUCAAGAUUUAUCGGGACGUGAAGCAUUUUUAAGCAAUGAAGAUUUGAAACCAGUUGAACCUGCACGACGUCUUUGGGGCCCAUGGAAUUUUGUUGCAUUUUGGCUUGCUGAUUCAAUUAAUAUUAAUACAUGGAUGAUUAUUUCAGGUAUGAUUAUCGGUGGUUUGAGUUGGUGGGAAGCAUGGCUUUGUACUUGGAUUGGUUACACAUUUUCAGCUGUUUUCAUCUGUUUAUCUGGAAGAAUUGGUGCAACAUAUCAUAUCUCAUUUCCAAUUGUCAGUCGAUCUUCUUUUGGUUUAUUUGGAUCAUUAUGGCCUGUUUUCAAUCGAAGUUUCAUGGCAUGUGUAUGGUAUGGUGUUCAAGCAUGGUUAGGUGGAAAAUGUAUUGUACUUAUUUUUCGAUGUAUCUGUCUUUCAUAUGAAACAUUACCAAAUACUCUACCGGCAUCAUUUGGUACGAAUACGCGAGAUUUCAUUGGUUUUAUUGUUUUUUGGGCACUUUCAUUGAUUGCAAUCUGGUUUCCAGUGCAGAAAAUACGAAUACUAUUCACGGUUAAAUCAAUUGUUGUACCUAUUGCAGCUUUAAUAUUCUUCAUUUGGAGCUUAGUGAAAGCAAAGGGCCUUGGCCCUGUUAUCCAUCAACCGGGAACGUUGACAGGCAGUGCACAUGGUUGGGCUUGGAUGAGUGGAAUUAUGAGUUGUGUUUCAAAUUUUGUUACACUCAUUGUUAAUAAUCCAGAUUAUACUCGUUUUGCUACACGUCCAUCAGCUGUUAUCUUGCCACAAUUACUUACAAUUCCAAUUGGUUUCUCAGUUACAUGUUUUAUUGGUAUAAUUGUUGGCUCAUCAUCCAAAGUAAUUUUUGGUGAACCUAUUUGGAAUCCACUUGAUCUCUUAGGUAAAUUUCUCGACAGUCAACCAACAGGUGGAACACGUGCAGGUGUCUUUUUUAUCGCAUUAGCAUUUGCAUUAGCUCAGCUCGGUGUUAAUAUUGCAGCAAAUUCUGUAUCAGCAGGAUCUGAUUUAACGGCAAUUUUACCAAAAUUUCUUAACAUAAGACGAUCUGGUUACAUCUGUGCCGUAGUUGGUUUAAUUAUUUGUCCCUGGAAUCUUCUCUCUAAUUCUUCAACAUUUACAACUUAUUUAUCUGCAUACUCGACUUUUCUCUCAUCAGUCCUUGGUGUUAUGAUAACCGACUAUUAUAUUGUACGAAAAGGUUAUCUAAAAGUAAAAGAUCUAUAUUCAGGAUCAAAAGAAGAUGCCUAUUACUUUACACAUGGUAUAAAUUGGCGAGCAUAUGUUGCCUAUAUUGUAGGAAUUCUCAUUAACAUCUUUGGAUUUGCAGACGCAGUAGGAAUAUACAGUUUAAUUGCAGCACGCAAUAUGUAUCAUUUAAAUUUCUAUUUGGGUUUUAUUGUUUCGUCACUUCUAUACUAUGGAUUAUGCAAGUUAAGUCCAAUACCAGCAUGUGGUACAGAAUGGCCAAGUGAAGUUAUUGACAAUGAUGAGAAGGAUGAUAAUAUUAUUGUUCUUAAAGUUGUACCACUGGACAAGGAAGACCAGAGUACUUAUGUUAACAUACAAGAUCAAGAAACACUCGACAAAGUUUGUCGUUUAUAA